AUGAAAAAUGAAAUAAGGAAAAUUGUGUAUGACUAUGGCAUUGAAUACGUUUCAGAACGAAGGGAAAAGAAAAGGGAGGUUUUGUUGGCCAUACUAACUUUGACCACGUACUACCUGUAUUGUCUCUACUCGGGAUUCAAGAAGGGCUACGUUUUGCUGGACGAAUUUCAAAUUUUCCUAUUUGUUCUGUACAUCUCGUUUAUCAUAAUAUACCUGAAUAAUCACCACAUAGAAAGACUAUUCCUCGUGAACAACAUUGGAAUACAAAUUGAGAGGAAAAGUUGGUUCCGACAUCGGUUAAAAUUUAUUUGCAUAAGUGACAUAAAAAGCGUUUUUAUUAACGAGGCCAUCUACAUAUUCGAGAUUUGCCCCUAUUUGUGCAUCACAUUGCGGAACAAUAAGCUCAUCGUCCUGUUCGAGAACUUCAACCUAGGAAUGAAGAGCCUCGUGAAUAUAUACAGGGACGUGAAACAAGUAAUCGUUCGUGGAGAGAAGGAGCAGUUUAUAGGUGUCAAAGCUGUGGAAGUGAAAGAACAGGAAAAACACGGAAGUAGGGAAGAACAAAAUUGCGCAGUCCCAAAUGAGGUGUGCUCAACAAAUAAUCCCUCCUCGAGCGAAGAGGAAAAUAUUUUCAAGCUCUUGAAUUUUAGUUCGUGCGAAAAUUACAAAAUGAAUGAUGAAGUUAGGGAAAAGGGAAAAAUAAAAACGUACGACAUAUACAUAAAUAAAAAAUUAGCACUGGACAUAAUGAAUAACCUGCGAAACGGAUUUACAUACAUGCAAGUCUACCCUCAUGCUUACACCUAUCUCCAAACGUGCAUACCGAUCGCCAUACACGCCGACAAAAUGGGCGAUUACAAAAGGAAAAUCCCCGUCUAUAACGAUUAUGAGAAAAAGAAAGAUCUGUUAAAAUAUUCCUUUUUAAAAGAUGGAGAGGAGGAACAAAGAGACGUCCAGAAAAAACACGCGAUGGAGGAGGUCCAAUUUAUUAUAAAGAAAAGGGAGAACAUGCGGGAUAUCCUGACCCACCGCCGGGAUUUAAGUUCGUCCAAUAACAAACUGAAAGAAGACAACAGCGAAAGGUACUACGCCCACGAGAAGAAAUUCCCCUUCCUCAUCGACACGACUGUGAAGAAACCUGAUAUAACGAGAAACAUGCAGGAUGUGCUAAAUAACGUCUAUGAACAGGAUGACGCCGAAAAAAUUCGAUUAUCCGAUGACAUUAAAACGAAAGAGGUGUUGCUUGAAAGGAGGAAGGAAUUGUUUCUUCAGGAGUUAAGUGGUGGCGAGCUUGUAAACGUCCAUACGGAGUUAUAUUUAGACCCACAGAAGGAUUUCAUUGACGCAGUAAAGAAUAAGAACAAAAUGUUGACUCUGAAGAAUUACGGGUUGGGGCAGUCCCCUUCCGAUUUUGUUUUUUCCUACCCGCAUGUUAAAGCCAAAGGAAGAGGUGGAUAUGCCACCGAAAUGGUGAAGUCGAACAUAUUGAAAAACAAAAACGAGGGAAUCACAAAAAGGGUAAGUGUGGGGACAAAAAUGUCUACCUUCUUUUUCUGCGUCUCAUACGAUUUUGCCCAUUUAUACACAGGAAAAAAUCACGAAAUAAGGGAACAGGCGGGUUCGUACGGAGGAGACAUCACAACGAAGAGCAUCUUCUUGAUGAAAAACAGACUGAGAUAUAUUAACCACACCCGAAAUAGCCACUUCGUAGAAAGUUAUCUGAAGGUAAUUACACCCAUGAACGCCCGCGAAUUGUUCUGA